AGCGUCUUCCCAGAAUGCUCUGCUCAGCGCCCCGUGCGUGUUUUAUCCGGACGUCGAUCUUUGGGGUCUGAGGGACGCGAGGCUUUUCCUGAAGGAAGCUGAUUCAGGUUGCCGGAGGAAGGAGGCCCAGGCUCUGGCUGGUGCUAAGGCCUGUUGGUUGCCAUCCCCUGCCUGCUGCCCCCAGCACAACUCAUCAUGCCUCGCCGUAAGAAGAAUCAUAGCCGCAAGUCUGAAGCAGGCCUUAAGGCCCAGAAGGGAGCUCAGGGCGCGGUGGGUGCACCGGUUCCCGUAACUGGGAAGGAAGCCGGCGCCUCCUCUCUCUCUCCUUCGAUCCAGGGCACCCCAGAGGUGGUGUCUGCUGCUGCUGGAAAACCACGUGUUCGCAAGAGUUCUCAGAAAGCCUGCUCCUCCACCAUGGUCAAAGCCACACCAUCGAGCAAACCAGAGGAGGGCUCCAGCAGCCCAAAACAGGGUCCAAGCACCCCCCAGGCUCCGAGCACCUCCCAGGCUCCACCAGAUCCUGAGUCAUCGCUCAGUGAUGUGCUCAACCAGAAGAUGGCUGAAUUGGUGCAGUUCCUGAGUGCCAAGUAUGUAACAAAGGAGCCUAUCACAGAGGCAGAAAUGCUGGAGAGUGUCCUCAAAGAGCACAAGGGCCACUUCCCUGUGAUCUUCAGGAAAGCCUGUGAGUGCAUGGAGAUCGUCUUCGGCAUCGAAGUGAAGGAAGGAGACCCCAUCAAACGUUCCUAUGUGCUUGUCAGAACCCUAGAUCUCACCUACGAUGGGUUGCUGAGUGAUGACCUGGGCAUGCCCAAGACCGGCCUCCUGAUCCUUAUCCUGGGUGUGAUCUUUGUGGAGGGCAACCGUGCCUCCGAGAAGAGGAUCUGGGAGGUGCUGAAGAAGAUAGGAGUGCGAGCUGGGAGGAAGGAUUUCAUCUAUGGGGAGCCCAGGAAGCUGAUCACCAAAGAUUUCGUGCAGGAAAAGUACCUGGAGUACCGCCAGGUGCCCAACAGCAAUCCUCCACGCUACGAGUUUCUGUGGGGUCCCAGGGCCCACAGUGAAACCAGCAAGAUGAAAGUCCUGCAGUAUUUUGCCAAGGUCAGUGGCACUGACCCCACUUCCUUCCCAUCCUGGUAUGAGGAGGCUUUGAGAGAUGAAAGAGAGCGAGCGGAGGCCAGAGUUGCGGCCACCAAUGAUAGUGGGGGCAAGGCCAGUGAGAGUUCCAGUGUCCCACUUGGCAGCUGCUCCUGCCCUAAGUGAAGUCUGAAGAAGAUCCUCCACUCUGUGUUUGAAGAGGGCAAUCAAGGCUCUAAAUAGUGGAGGACUGAAUUGCAGAUUUUACCUUUAUUCCUUUUUAGUAGUUUUCAAAUAUUCUGCUUUCUAAAAGGUUUUUUAGCUUCAGAGUCUAGAUUCAUGAAUGAUACCGGUCACAUGUUUAUUGCUGUUUAUUAGAUUUAAGAAUAAGAAUUUUGCUCUUCUGGAAAACCUGCUAGGAAACUUUUAUCUUAAUUUUUGAUCUGGAAGAGGAUAGUAUAGCACUGACAGCGGAAUUUCCUUAGAAAUAUGGAAGAGCCCAGCUGUAAAAUAGAUGGGAUCAAGAAAUAGAGGGGGAAAUAUUUAAAUAUGGUUCUCCUAGGAUUCCUGUAUCCCAUUUAAUCUUUUAGGUAGUAAAAUUAAAGAUCUGUACUUGGAUUUGUUUGUUUGGCUAAAGAAU